CUAAAGCCCUGUGUGUGUGUGUGUGUGGGUGACUGAGUUUUAUUGUUAAAAACAUUGCAGCUCGACUUCCCCUCUCAUUGCUUGACAGGAGUUUUCCAUCAGAUAUAUCCUCGGUGGUGCUGGAGACUCCCAUGUGUGAAAGCCGGAGCUCAAAAUGAACUAAUUAACAAGCAGCGACUCUCCCUUUCCCCUGGAGGAGCCCUUUAAACCCCUAUUUCAUCAAAGCAGCCGUUCCUCAGGAGAACGCUCAUGUGCUUACAUGGUGACCAGACGUUCUGGGAAACUCACAGGAACUUGUGCAUGAGGAAAGUAGCACGAUGAUAGGCCAGCUGCCUCAGAGGCUUCUGCUGUGGUUCAUUGGAUUGUUGGGAAUCGCGAUACUGACGUUAAUCGUGGUGUGCGUGGCUUUGCAGAUCCAAGUGCCAUGGGACAUGAAGACCCUCCGACUCUCCCCCUUGAAAUAUUACAGGUCAUUUUCUUUCAAGAGUGACAACAGUUCUUUGGAAAGUCAACAUUCUGCUGAGAGUAAACUAGACACUGCUGAAGAACUGGAGCGACAAUCAGCCCCGCAAUCAGAUGAGGAUUCAUCAGUGUUACAAAACAGCGCAAGCAAAGCUGAUCCAGAAAAUUUUAAAACAAAAAAGCCAAUGCCAAAAAAUGAGACCAAACCCACUGAACCAGACUUUUUUGGUGACCGGUACGCCACAGAUGACUUUCCAUCACAAACAAACUGUCCCAACAGCAUUAGGAAGCGUGUGCCUCAGACUCAGUUUGCUGAGAAGUUUCUACACACUAUUCCAGUGCUUCAAUGGUCAAAACAUUUCACCCCCGACCAGUACCAACGCUUGAGUCAGUACGGUGGAGCACAUGGCUGGGGAAGCGUUAAUAUUGAAGUUUUAAAGAGCUCACUGGGAAUUUUAAAUACAACUGCGAACCGGUUGAUGUUUGAUGACUGGGAGAAGAGAAAGAAGAGACCCCAGUGUAUCCGCUGUGCUGUGGUGGGAAACGGCGGAAUACUGAACGGUUCAAGAAAAGGAAAGGAGAUCGAUGAACAUGACUAUGUCUUCAGGGUGAAUGGUGCGGCUCUUAAGGGGUUUGAGAAAGAUGUGGGAUCCCGGACAUCAUUCUACACGUUCUCAACCAACACCAUGCGAAACUCCAUGCGUAGCUAUGCUCGCGUAGGCUACAGAGGUCCACCCAUAUCAAAGGAGACCAGGUAUAUAUUCCUGCCGGAUCAUGACCGAGAUUACAUUCUGAUGAGGGCGGCUUCGACACACACAGCAAUUGAUAAAGGCCCUGAGCGCAGCAAAAAACCCCCUACAUACUUUGGUGAAGAUGUGACUGUAGAAAAAUUCAAAAUCUACCACCCUGACUUUAUUCGUUACCUCAGAAACAGGUUCCUGCAUUCGAAACUUCUGAAAACAGGCGCGAGAAGAAUUUACAGGCCGUCCACUGGAGCAGUAAUGCUCCUGGCUGCCAUUCAUACAUGUGACCAGGUUGAUGCUUACGGGUUCAUGACCCCUGACUACACCUUGUAUUCAGACCACUACUAUGACAAACAGAGACGUCCAGUGCAUUUUUAUGCCAACCAUGACAUGCGCAUGGAAAUGAGGUUGUGGCAAGAGCUGCAUCAGGCUGGACUGAUGAAUAUUUUCAUGCGUCAGUGAGCACAAAAGGAUGGAUGCCACACUUUGUGUGAGAUGUUUUUUUUUUUUCAGUCAGAACUGAAAAUCCUGUGAGAGGUGUGCACAGGACAAACCUGUUAUACUCCCCUCUGUAUGAGGCGUUUUUGCUUUGGAAGGUAAAGAUCAUAUAUUGUUCUUAGGAGAAGUACGUAGGAGAAGCUACGUAGCGAAUUCACGAGAGACAAAUGACUGGCUAAUGUGGGGAGAGGCCUUUCAAAAAUGGUUAUAGACGGGAGUAAAUCUUGUUUAACUGGCCAGUACUUGUUCACACAUACGACGUGUCAUAUUUCCGAUUGAUCAAUCAGAUUGAUUAAUUGUGAUGCUGCUUUUGACCACGUACGAGAAUUCUGGAAUACGUGCCUUUGGACUUCUCAAAUGACGGACUACCAUUGUGUGUGAGGGAAACAGACUUUAAAGGCUUCAGAGCCCCACACAAAAUCAAAACUAAUCAACCAAAGAGAAUAAUAUUUUUAAUUUUAAUCAUAUUCCUUUAAUCAGGUAUGUGUUAAUAUAUGGUUCACUCAAAAUGCACGUGUUGCCUCGUGUCAAUCAAGAAGGGGUUUCUUUCUGUUUUUCAGAGGAAUUUGUACGCUGUUAAGUUUACUUGGAAGAUUUAAAGUGCAAUAUCUUAUGUUGAUUUCACAAGACUUUUGAAUCAAAAUGUGAAUUUCUUUUAUGAUUUGUUGUAUCUAUUCUGUUAAGGUCUGUUUGGUCACUUGAUGCCAUCUCUUGAUUAUAUUUAAUAAUUUUAUUACCGAAUAAUUUAACUGUUAUGUUCAUUCUGGUCAACUUAACUGGUUUAAAGAUUCACCACACUCAUGUUUAGAGAGAUUAAAAAUUGCUUCACUUUUAUAAAAUGGUUAAGGGUUUAGAAAAUGGAAAGAUAGUCCUACAGGUUUUUAAGCUCAGAAUAAAUCUUUUAAAAUUGU